AAGAUCCUUCUAUGAAGUAUAGUUUGUGCUCUAGAGUGGCAGUGGAUUCAUUUGAUCUAAUGACUCUAGACCAGUCCAACUACAGAAUCUGGAGAAGUUGUAUGGAGUCAUAUCUUGCUAGUGAAGAUUUGUGGGAUAUUGUGUGUGGAGCACAUAGUAUUUCUUCGAAAAAUACCCAAGUUAAUGAUGAUGCUCUCAAGGAGUGGAAGAAAAAGAACGGCAGAGCUGAAUUUGUCUUAAAGAGAUCCAUCUCUGAUGACCUCUUUCACCAUAUUCUCUAUUGCAAGUCAGCAAGUAGUAUCUGGGAAACUCUUACUAAUGUAUUCAAUAAAACUGACGAUCAAGCUUCAUUAAGGUUGUUAGAGAAUGAGCUUGAAAAUGCCACACAAGGUACUUUGUCCAUUUCACAGUUUUUCUUGAAAAUCAAGAACCUGUGCUCAGAGAUUUCCAAACUUAACCCGGAGGAGCUGGUUUCUGACGCCCAGUUGAAGUGCAUAGUUGAUCAUGGCUUGAAGCCCGAAUUCGUUCCCUUUGUGAAAUCAAUCCAAGGAUGGCUUGUACAACCAUCUUUUGAAGAAUAUGAGAAUAUAUUGGUUUCACUGGAGGGCUUAGCAAAGAAAAGUGCCGAAAUUAUGUCUGAGAAUGAAAGAGAAAGUGAUUUGAAUGCAAGAAAGCCUAAAAAUAAUACAGACAAAGUCAUGGCUGGAGCUGCACCAGAAGGUUCUCAAUUUGAUGCACGUCAAUUUGACGCAAAAAUGACCGAGUUACUUGGUGCUGAUGGAGAAGAUUUCUUUACAUCCUAUGAUGAGGUUUAUGACAGUUUUGAUGCUAUGGGAUUGCAGGAGAAUCUCUUGAGAGGCAUCUAUGCCUACGGUUUUGAGAAACCAUCUGCAAUUCAGCAGAGGGGAAUUGUUCCAUUCUGCAAGGGGCUAGAUGUUAUUCAACAGGCACAGUCUGGUACUGGGAAAACAGCAACUUUCUGCUCUGGAGUUCUGCAGCAGCUUGAUUAUAGUGUUGUUGAAUGUCAAGGUCUGGUUCUUGCUCCUACUCGUGAACUAGCACAGCAGAUUGAGAAGGUUAUGCGAGCACUUGGUGAUUAUCUUGGUGUAAAGGUUCAUGCUUGUGUUGGUGGAACCAGUGUCCUUGAAGAUCAGCGCAUUCUGUCAAGUGGAGUUCAUGUCGUGGUUGGUACUCCCGGCCGUGUGUUCGACAUGUUGCGAAGACAAUCUCUGCGCUCAGAUCACAUCAAGAUGUUUGUUUUGGACGAAGCUGACGAAAUGCUCUCCGGAGGAUUCAAGGAUGAGAUUUAUGAUAUCUUCGAGCUCUUACCUCCCAAAGUCCAGGUUGGGGUCUUCUCUGCCACCAUGCCUCCUGAGACUCUUGAGAUCACAAGGAAGUUCAUGAAAAAGCCUGUAAGGAUUCUGGUAAAGAGAGAUGAGCUCACUCUUGAGAGUAUCAAACAAUUUUAUGUUAAUGUUGACAAGGAGGAAUGGAAACUGGAAACACUUUGUGAUCUUUAUGAGACCUUGGCUAUUACUCAGAGUGUCAUCUUUGUUAAUACCACGCGCAAGGUUGAUUGGCUGACCGACAAAAUGCGUAGCCGUGAUCAAUCAGUCUCUGCCACUCAGGGAGACAUGGAUCAAAACACUAGAGAUAUAAUUAUGCGUGAAUUCCGUUCUGGUUCCUCUCGUGUGCUCAUUACCACUGAUCUUCUGGCUCGUGGUAUAGAUGUCCAACAAGUAUCCCUUGUAAUUAACUAUGAUUUGCCGACUCAGCCAGAGAACUACCUUCAUCGAAUUGGCUGUAUUGGACGUUUUGGAAGGAAAGGUUUUGCAAUCAACUUUGUGACCAAGGAUGAUGACAGGAUGUUGGUUGACAUACAGAAGUUCUACAAUGUAGUAGUGGAGGAGCUGCCAGCCAAUGUUGCCGAUCUUCUUUAGGGUGGAAUUCAUCUGUUUAUUUAAGUGUUACUUAAAAGUUACUCGGCUGUCCAAUCUUGGUAGGUUUACUAUCCGAGACAGAUAUUUGGGUAUUGAACUCCCUUUACAA